AUGACAUACUUCUGCAACAUCCCAGACGAAAUAGGGUUGGAAAUCCUAGCAAGGCUGCCUCCCAAAUCCCUAAUGCGAUUCAAAUGCGUCCGUAAGUCGUGGUAUGCUCUUUUUAACAAUCCCCAUUUCGUAGCCGAGCACCUCCGUUUAUACAACGACCAACCCUCCACCUCCUCCACUUGCAUCCUUUUUAAGCGUUCCGUCCUCAGCACUACCGAAUUCAACAACGAGGAACUCGUGUUUUCAUUCCUUAGUCUUCGCAAUGACAAAGACAGCGAUGUUGAUCAUAACCCUAAUUGUACUCUUGAGGACCUACAUUUUCCGCUUUCUAUGGGAUUAAAAAGCAGGGGACAAUUUAUUGAGCUCCCUGGCCAAGAACUUGGUGAAUCUGUGAGUAUUGUAGGUCAUUGUGAUGGGAUUUUUUGUUUAUAUCUUUAUACCGGAAAACUUGUUUUAUACAAUCCGGCAAUCAAGGAAUUUAGGGUUCUUCCCGAGUCAUGCUUCGAAGAUGCGUUUUCGUGUACGUUGGGAUUUGGCUAUAAUCCGAAUCGUAAAGAUUACAUGCUCAUCAGCAUCAUAUCUUAUGGUGAGGAAAUAUUAGAGGAUGAUCGUCUCAUUAUUCAUCCUCCCCAAGCAGAAAUAUACACAUUGAGUACUAAUUAUUGGAAAAAGAUCGGGACAGACUACUUGGAAACAGAAAAUACUUAUUUUUGGGGUAACGAUAAUUUGUCGACCUACUUCGAGGGAGUUUUUUAUGGGUUGGGAUAUGAGGAAAAGAAGGAAUUUCUGCCAUUUUAUGACAGACUUGAGGAGGAAAAGAAGCAAUUGGUCAUUUCUUACGACGCGAGUAAUGAAGUUUUUCAUGAUAUAUUACUUCCGGAUUGUUUCUACGAGUUUCCGACGCAUGAGUUCUCGCUUACAGUGUGGAAUGAAUCUGUUGCUCUUUUUGGCUUUUACCAUGGUGAAGAUGAAGAACCCUUUGAAAUUUGGGUGAUGGAUGAAUUUGAUGAUGGUUGGACAAAACAUUUAUCCGUUGUGCCCAAACUGGAUCAAGAGGUAGAUAUUCCAUUAAUACUUUGGAAGAGGGACGAGGUUCUUUUGGUUGACAUAGAUGGACGCUUAGCCAGCUACAACUUCAACACCGAAAAUCUUACGUAUCUUCCUGUUCAUGGUGUGUCCCGAGGAGAUUUUCAAGCUGUUGUUUGCGUCGAUAGUAUGGUUUCUGUCAAUGGAGAUAAAAGGUUAGAGAUCAAAGAUAGCUUUAGCUAA